GUUAAAGGUUGUGGUGUGACUAGGUUACGUCUCUGCAUAAAACAGUAUAUAAAGACUCUUUCUAUGCCACAUUGAUUGCUUUCAGACACACAAAAAAAGCUCUCUCGAAGGAAUCCUCAAUCGCCUCUCCUUCGCGUAGCUUCUUCUUCAGGUUAAAAUGGGAGACAAUCAUGGUGACGACAAGAACAUUGAGAUAUGGAAGAUUAAGAAGCUCAUCAAGUCCCUUGAAGCUGCCAGGGGUAAUGGAACCAGCAUGAUCUCGCUCAUCAUGCCUCCACGUGAUCAGGUCUCUCGUGUCACAAAGAUGUUGGGCGAUGAGUAUGGAACGGCUUCCAACAUCAAGAGCAGAGUCAAUCGCCAGUCUGUUUUGGGUGCCAUCACUUCUGCGCAGCAAAGGCUGAAACUUUACAACCGGGUCCCUCCCAAUGGUCUAGUUCUCUACACUGGAACCAUUGUCAACGACGAAGGCAAGGAGAAGAAGGUGACCAUUGACUUUGAGCCUUUCAAGCCCAUUAACAACACACUCUACCUCUGCGACAACAAGUUCCACACCGAAGCUCUGAACGAGUUGCUGGAGUCUGAUGACAAGUUUGGUUUCAUUGUGAUGGACGGGAACGGGACUCUCUUUGGAACCCUGAGCGGUAACACUCGCGAGGUGCUUCACAAGUUCUCUGUUGAUCUUCCGAAGAAGCACGGGAGAGGAGGGCAGUCUGCGCUUCGGUUUGCACGUCUGCGUAUGGAGAAGCGUCACAACUACGUGAGGAAAACGGCUGAGCUCGCCACGCAGUACUACAUCAACCCCGCGACGAGUCAGCCUAAUGUGUCUGGUCUGAUACUCGCCGGUUCUGCUGAUUUCAAGACUGAGCUGAGCCAAUCUGACAUGUUCGAUCCCCGGCUUGCUGCAAAGAUACUUAACGUGGUGGACGUAUCAUACGGAGGAGAAAACGGUUUCAACCAGGCCAUCGAGCUCUCGUCUGAGAUCCUUGCGAACGUGAAGUUCAUCCAGGAGAAGCGUUUGAUAGGGAAGUACUUUGAGGAGAUUAGUCAGGACACGGGGAAGUAUGUGUUUGGUGUGGAGGAUACUUUGAACGCUUUGGAUUCAGGUGCUGUUGAGACGCUGAUCGUAUGGGAGAACCUUGACAUCAACAGAUACGUGUUGAAGAACAGUGCCACUGGUGAAACUGUGAUAAAGCACCUGAACAAGGAACAGGAAGCCAACACUGAGAACUUCAAAGCAGACAAUAGCGACUUGGACGUGGAGGAUAAGAUGUCGCUGCUUGAGUGGCUGGCUAACGAGUACAAGCGUUUUGGGUGUGCGCUGGAGUUUGUGACGAACAAGUCGCAGGAAGGGUCUCAGUUUUGCAGAGGGUUUGGAGGAAUAGGAGGGAUACUUCGUUACCAGCUUGACAUGACUGCUUUUGAUGAGGAUUUGGAUGUUUAUGAUGAUGAUGAAUCAGAAUAGCAAUCAAUCCAAUCACUAGCAUCGCUGGUUCUUGGAGAUGGUCCAUCACCAAGCUUGAACCAGCCUGUGUGGGCUGUCGGGGUCACGCAGAAAAUUGGAAAUUAAGUGAAGAAGCAUCUUUUCCGGAAGGUGGAGACUGAAGAAACUGGUGGAGAGUGAAGAAGUCUUGCUAUGGUUUUACCUUUGUUAUGUCUGAGACAUCUAUUAUGGAGUUUUUUUUCUUUUGGUUGGUUGUUUUUCUUUACAGUGCUAUAAUACUCUUCGUCUGAGAGAGGAAAGGUUUAGUGAUUUGGUUUUUGGUAUUUUCUCGAUUGCAUUGCAUGGAUGUUUUGUGACUUAAUCUAUCUACGCCUUUGUUUUGAUUGAA